CUGUGAUGGGCUAAUGUCGCCAAAGCAGAGUCCAGAGAAGAGAGAGGACGCCAUUUAAAGGGCAACAGUAGGGGAUGAGCGCGAUGGUGGCCGUUGCAGUCAAAGUUGUGACGCCCAGGUCAAAUAUUUGACAGGUCCCCAAAUGGACUCGCAAGUCUCCUAUACUCCCUUUCUUUCGACAUCAUCGUAGCCGCCGUUCACCAUGAUAACGGGCUGGCCUCGAAAGUCUCACGACCACGGCAAUCCAGGCCAGGGUUCACCACCGACGACAGUCGGGGAAUCCCGCAGCAAUGACAGCGAGAGUAAUAACCGAGGGACUUCCCCGGAUCCAACGCGUCGACGGUCAUCGAGUGAUUCUGCAACACCAAAACAGACGCCAGUACCGCCGAGCCUGCGCAUUUUAUCGUCAUCAGCGUCUGGGGUUCAGCCGGAAUCAGGCCGGAGUCAUCUUUUCUCCCUGUCGGAUGCGCCGAGUUCGUUAUCCUCAUCGUCGCGCAAGCUUGGCCUAUUCACAGAUAAGUUGUCGCACUUGGCUGGGCAUCAUCACCACGGACAUGGUCAUUCGGUGAUGCCGAAGCCUAGUUCCUUGAAUCCAGCCCUUUUAUUACACCCUCACGGUCGAAAUCCUGAACCAGUCGGGUCUCCAACUUCGCCUACUUUUCCUCCGUCGCCCACAAUGUCGAAUCCGAACAAGGUUCAUACAUCGCCUUCAAAGGCUUCCUACGGGCGCACUUACGACUCCAAACUUGUUACUCGCGAAAUGCAUCGUCUAGGAAAUCUUGCUCACCUUCCCUCCGGUAUACCUGCCCUCUCGCAGGCACCCUCCGUCAGCUCUCUCUCUCUCCCAGCACCGGGUUCAAUGGCACAAGCCAGCAUGGCCUCUACAUCAGGCUCAGAUCCGUGGGGCACCUUGCAUGUCCAUAUCCUGCCACUCUUCAACGGUGAACCACUGAGGAUACCUAUAGAGAACCUAAAUAUGCUAGUGAAGGCUCACAUAGCGACGGCCGCAUCAUCACCUUCGAAGGCGCUCGCCACACUGGAGCACGACACUUCAGAGCUUAUUGGGUCAGGAAUGCGAACCCUGAACGCCAAACUAGCUGAGAAAGAAGAUGAUAAACUCGUCGGACGCAUUGUCGAAAUAUGGGGAUUCUUCUGGGAUCAGGUCUUGCCUUAUGUUGAAGGGGCGUUGCUCCCUCUCCAGACUGACCCUCUUCUCUCUUCGCUCUACCGCACGCCCAAGCGUCCAUCUUCACCAAGUCGCCAGAAUAACAAAGGCUCGAUAUCGACAUCUCUCGGCACCUCUUUGCAACUCUCCACGCAACACAUAGACGUCCGAGCCGUCGCUCUUCGAUCGUUUCGCGAUAAAGUUAUCUUGCCACUAGCUCCGCGACUGAAGGCACGACUUUCUAUGGUAAAUAGACAAGAUAAUUUCCAAGAAACCGCUGGUUAUCAGCAACCUCGACUACAACAAAUGCUACUCGUGCUUACAUCGCAGAGCCGAUAUCGAACACCUACAUUCUCUCUUACAGCCCAACCUCCCCAGCCGUCCACAGGAGAAGCCGCAGUACUAGAACUCCUCAGGAUUCUCCGCUCCCCAAGCCCCCAAUUUGAUGGUCGCCAAACUGUAAAGACUUCUACAGGUAGAGCCAGAGCGCCUAGUUUCCUGUCUGGUGGUCUCCCGCGUGAUCGGCGAGGCCGGAUAGCUCAGAAGCAAAAAGGUGCGAACCUCCCCAACUUAGUCAGCAACACGCUUUCGGCUGGAAACGAUGGUGAUUCUUCUGGAGGUGAAACGCCCCGAAUAGGAAGUGGAGGGACGUUGGUUGAUACUGAACGGGAGAGAGAGCGAGAGAAGGAAAGGGAAUUCCUAGAAGCGUUGAGAAGCCCAGAUCCUGAGAGUAGCAAUGCGAGAGCAAGUGUUGGAGGAUGGGGCCUUGGUAUAGGACAUGAGGAUAGUGGUAAGAUUGAAGAGGAGGAGGACGAACCGUUGGAUUGGGACCAGGCGCAAGCUGUCGUGGAACGCAUGGUUGGUAUGAAUUCGUCGACGCCAGAGUCGGCUACAAGAAAACGAAUGGCAUGAGUAGAUAUGAAGAAAUUUCUUGAGUUUAUACUUAUAUUAGUAUAGUUAUAAUCGGCAUGUUCAAUUGUAUAAUAACAUAUCAUAUUCCAUCCUUUCCAGAUCCUUGACCUGACCGACCACAAGAUGGUUGCUACUACGCGAUGAGCAACAUCUAUUGCAGUAACGUGGUGCGACUUUGGUCAUUUGUCGUCUUGCAUGAAU